AUGGCACUAGCUGAAUUGCAGGAGUUGAAAACUCAAUUACAAGAAUUGAUUGAUUUUGGGUUUAUUCGAUCGAGUGUUCCUCUUGUGCACAGGUGUGAAAAAGAAGGAUGGCACUAUGAGGUAAGGGAUGCCAAGUAUUUCUCCAAGAUUGAUCUUAGAUCAGGAUACCACCAACUCAAAGUUAGAGAAGAAGAUAUUCCUAAGAUUCAUCUGAUGUCGGAAAUACCAUAG